CUUCAAAACCAUCAUGGAGAGUUUCAUCUUGUUCAGAGGAAGUAAACGGGUGACUGUCAAGGAAAACGACAUGACUACAGAAAAAAUCGCCAGGAUCUUCCAGGUACAUGGCCCCAGUCUCUAUAUUACUGAUGACAGUAAUAUAGCUCUAUUUCCUGGGCCUGAUGGCCAUUUUAGCACUUUAGACCUUACAGUAAGGGGGCAUUACGAGGUGCACGGCGGGAGCAGCGUGGAGGACUCAGCUCCCGGCGUCAGCAGUGUGCCAGUAACACACAACCCUACCCGCUUUUCUUUCCACCGCCCACCCAGCGCUGCCACAGGUUCUGCUGCACGGGCUUCAGCAAAUCCACGAGCUACUCUGACAAAAACAUUCCAAAGGACCAUCUUCAUCGCUGAGCUUGUUGAUGGCAAGUUGGAGACUAGCACAACACUGACUGUGCGUUUCUCGGAAUUUGAGGCUUCUGUUAUGUGCAUCCAAAACAAAGUCAAUGACGCCCUUGAACAAGAGGAUUCACGCAUCCUCACUGACGGCCAGGGAAACAAAAUCUUGGACUCGGAAGGAACCAGAGGAUCAUCAUUUUGGAAGCAAAAUGCAAGGAAAGUAUUUGCUGUGCAGGAAGAACACUUCUUGCAGUUACAAGCUAGUAAAAAGAGGAGACUGAGUUACUUGAUUUGGAAAAUGCACAUUAUUAUGGUUGCAUAUUUUUGCAGUCGACGAGAAGAUACAGGCCUCGAUGGCGUUUUUGACAGAAUUGAAGAGGUGGUCCUGGCAGCCCAGGGACUGCAAGAAGUGUCCACUACAAUGAAGGAGCUGGUGGAGUUUGCAAUUCCACCGCAGAACAAAACUGUCCCUGACUGA